CAGCAGAGGCAACACCAGAUGUUCAAGAAAUGUUUUCGACAUAACAUCAGAGCAUUUCUUUAGCAAUUGUUUACCACCCCCAUGGCUAAUGCUUUGAGUUGGCUGAUCUUAUUCUGUAGCCUUAGGAUCUUCCUGACAGGGACCUCUUCCCUCUUACCAGAGAGCAAUGUAGACUGCCAGACCCAGUGUCUCAUAGACUGCAGGCAGGGACAUUACUACACAGCUGGCAACUGCUUGGAAUGUCCAGCGGGCUUCUAUUGCCCUGGGGGUCAAAAAGCUCCAAGGAAAUGCCCACUGGGAACAGCCAAUGAACUUACAGCUCAAGUGGACAUCACAGCCUGCCAGGUCUGUCCCAAAGGCUAUCUCAGCCUAGAGAGUGGAGCUGGAUGUCGUGCAUGCCCGGAUGGCUAUUCCUGUGAUCCACGUAAUGGUGUGCAGAGGAGCUGUAAUCCUGGCCAGUAUUCUCCAGAGGGAGAGUUGGAGUGCCUGGAAUGCCCAGAGAGCCAUGUCUGCCCAGAUGGACGGAGCAGGCAGCACUGUUUGGCUGGGCAGGAGCCGGAUCCAAGCCGCACUCGUUGCGUUACCUAUGCCCGUGGUUCUGUCUCAGCUGAAGGCACACUGAUAUGCCAGCCCUGUCCAGCAGGUCACUUCUGUGCUGACAGCCUUACAGGCACUCCUCCAUGCCCAGCAGGGAGCUUCAAGCCCAAAGAGGGGAUUCUCAUGCCCAGCAGCAGCUCUUCGUUCUUACCCGGAAAUGGAUUGUGUUUGAAGUGCCCUGCUGGGUAUUUCUGUCCUGCUGGAGCAAGUCACCCAGCACCAUGCCAACCAGGUACAUACAAUCCUCUCCAAGGACAGGAUGAAGCCACUGACUGCAGAGCCUGCCCAGCAGGAAGAGCUUGCACCCAGGCUGGAUUAGCCCAGCCUGACUCUGAGUGCUUACCAGGGUACGUGUGCCCAGUGGGCUCAUCCAGCCCUCAUUUUCCCAGCAAUGCCUGUCCUCCAGGAACAGUUGGCAGUGGCUUUGACCUCUUUGAUAAGUCCCAGUGUGAGACGUGUCCUGCUGGAUAUUUCUGUGUUAGAGGAACAGGGGGAAAACAGAAGCCUCCUGCUCCAUGUCCAGUUGGUCACUACUGCCCACCAGGCACAAAGCAUGCGGUGCAGCAUAAGUGCGCCCCGGGCACCUGGAGCAAUAGGACACGGCUGAAAUCAGCAGAGGAGUGCUUGCUGUGCCCUGCAGGCUGGUUUUGUGUGGGAGGAUCUCAUGUCCCUUCUGGUGUGUGCAGCUCAGGGCACUACUGCCCUCAAGGUACGUGGAGAGGCACACAGCACCCCUGCCCUGCAGGAACGUAUGGCACCAGGCUGGGGAACAGCAGAGUGGAAGACUGCACUGCCUGCCCUGCUGGAGCGUUCUGCCCCAGCGGGACAUCCAAGCCAGUUCUUUGCCCAAUAGGAACUUACCGUGUGGAACAUGGUGCAAGAGUGGCUGCAGACUGCAUCCCUUGCCCUGGAGGGUACCACUGCCCCGACCUUGGCACGGUUACACCUCAAACAUGUGGUGCUGGCAAGUUCUCUGACCGAGGUUCUGCCUCCUGCUUGCUGUGCUCUGUUGGACAUUACUGUGCUAGUGAGCACACCAGCCGGGAGGUGAUGCUGCUGGCCAUGGUUUGCCCAGCGGGUCUCCGGUGCCCAGAAGGACAGGCAGUUGCUCCAGAGGCCAAUGCAAACUCCUGCCCGAGGGGCUUCUACUGUCCCCAGGGAGAUACUGGCUCAGAUGCGAAGCCUUGCCCCAAUGGGACCUAUGGUAAACAGAAAGGACUCAGCAGUGCUGAGGAAUGCUCCCUGUGCCCUGCAGGGAAGUACUGCUACAGAGCUGGGACUGAGCCUUCAGGAAUUCCCCACCCUACUGGAGAUUGUCCACUUGGCUACAACUGCCCUCCAGGAACUGGGUUCCCUUUCUCCUUCCCCUGUAGCCCUGGGUUCUUCUGGGAUAAUUCCAGUGCAGAGGAUGAAGACAGGUGCAAACCGUGUCCAGCUGGGAACUACUGUGACUCUCCUGCCUUGACAGAACCCAAAGCUUGCCCAGUGGGCUUCUACUGUGGUGAAGGCAGCUCUAAACCUGAGCCCUGCCCAGAGGGAACCUACAGUAACAAAAAGGGACUGUCUGGACUGUCAGAGUGCAGCCCAUGUGGCCAUGGUUUCUACUGUGCUGCUCCAGGGCAGACUGGGCCAAGUGGUCCCUGCAAGGCUGGGUUCUACUGCCGGGGCAGGGCCCUUACUGCAUUGCCUACAGAUGGUGUGACAGGAGAUGUGUGUCCUGCAGGGGCAUACUGCCCACCUGGGUCCCCCUUACCCAUCCCCUGCCCUCCAGGAACCUACAGCAAUGUGAGUGGGCUGAGAAGCCUUGGUCAGUGCUUGGACUGCCCACCUGGCCUCUAUUGUGAUGGGACAAAUACCCGAGCUCCAUCAGGACCAUGUGAGCCUGGUUACUACUGUACAGGAGGUGCCAAAAGUGCUCUUCAGCAUGUGGUCAUGGAAGGGCAUUAUUCCUCUGCAGGAGCUUUCAAGCCAGAGCCGUGUCCUCCUGGCAGCUUCCAGCCUGACCGUGGUCAGUCUCAUUGCAGGGACUGUCCAGAGGGAACAUUCUGCAAUGACACAGGCCUGGCUGAAGCCCUGUCUUGUCCAAAAGGGCAUUUUUGCUUGGCUGGAAGUUCCCUGCCUCUCCCUUGUCCAGUGGGUAUGUAUACAGAUGUGCCUGGGGCAGGUUCAUGCAAGCCCUGCCCAGCAGGCAUGUAUUGCAGCAUGGCAGGUCUGGCUGAGCCAGAAGGGCCUUGCCAGCCUGGAUAUUACUGCAGUCAAGGGUCCAGCAGCUCCUCACCUGUGGGCCUUUCAUUUGGAGAUCUUUGUCAACCCGGAUAUUACUGCCCUGCUGGCGCGACGCACCCAAAAGAGAUGGCAUGUCCUGCUGGCACCUGGAACGGCCAGAGGGGAGCCCAGGAUGCCACUUGGUGUCUUCCUUGUUCCCCUGGGUUCUUCUGCAGUACGUCUGGCCAGGAUGCUCCCAUAGGACCUUGUGCACAAGGCUACUACUGCACAGGAGGGGCAAAGACUGCAAAGCCAGAGGAUGGCAUCACUGGAGAUAUCUGUCCUCGAGGACAUUUCUGCCCUGAAGGCUCAGCAGCACCUUCUCCCUGCCCCAGUGGUGAAUACAGCAAUGCAACAGGUCAAGAUAAGUGUUUUCCAUGUCCUGCUGGGUUCCACUGUCCUAAAGGACUGCGACGCCGCUGCCCUCCUGGCUUCUAUUGCCCUCAGAGAACAGGAAUCAGUUUUAAUCCUUGUCCCCCUGGGACUUUCAACCCCUCUUAUGGACUCAGCCAGGCUGAGAGGUGCCAGAAGUGCCCUGCAGGAAUGUUCUGUGGAGACUGGGGACUCUCCUCUCCAAGUGGUCCCUGCUGGCCAGGGUUCUUCUGCACAGCAGGAGCAAGUGUCCCAAACCCCGACGGAGCCACGAACACCAGCACUGGUGGCCCAUGCCCACCAGGACACUUCUGCCCAGCUGGCACAAGUAUCCCACAGCAGUGCCCUGUGGGCACUUACUCAGACAGGCUGUACAUGUGGCAGGAAUCCAGCUGCAUGGCAUGCCCAUCUGGCCAUUACUGCAGCUCUGCUGCCCUCACAGCACCCUCAGGGCGCUGCUCAGCUGGGUACUACUGCCUCACUGGAGCAUCCUCCCCAUCACCACCUGGUGUGUGGGAGAUGGGAGGCCCCUGUCCUGUGAGCCAUUUCUGCCCAGAAGGAGCCAGCUUUCCCUUAGCCUGCCUUGCAGGGACUUACAACAACCUCACCAGACAAGCUGCGUGCUUCCCUUGUGCUGCGGGAUACUACUGCCCAGAAAAUACUACCAGCUACAGUGUGAAUCCUUGCCCAGCUGGCUUUUACUGCCCUAAAGGAACCAGGUUUGCCACUGAGUUUCCCUGUCCCCGGGGCUACUUUAACCCUGAUCCCAUGACGCAGAGCUUGGACAGCUGCUUGCCCUGCCCACCUGGGCACUACUGUGGGAAGGAGAACUUGACAGCUCCAUCAGGCAAGUGUGAUGCAGGUUGGUUUUGCAUCUCUGCUGCUUGGACCUCGCAGCCUUUUGACCUGGAUAACUACACCAGUGCCAACUGCCUCUGCCCAGCUACUGCUACUGGAGGGAAGUGCAUAGCUGGUUUCUACUGCCCCAGAGGAAGCCCAGAGCCUCUUCCCUGCCGUCCUGGCUUUUACUGCAAUGCCUCAGGUCUGUCUGUGCCUAGUGGGGAAUGUACUGCUGGGUUUUACUGUAAAGGUGGAGCAGUCCUCCCGAAUCCAACAGAUGAUGUGACUGGGAAUAUCUGCCCUGCGGGGACUUACUGCACUGCAGGGUCAGCAGAACCCAAGCUGUGCCCAGCUGGCACCUUCUCCAGCUUGCCAGGGAGGAGAAUGCUUUCCGAGUGCCAACCUUGUCCCUCUGGCUUCUACUGCAGGGGUCCUGGUCUCAGUGCCCCCACUGGAGAGUGCUGGGAAGGCUAUUACUGCGACAACCAGCAAGGGCCAGUUAAUGAUUUUACCCUUUACCCCUGCCCACAAGGCUUUUACUGCCCACCAGGGACAAACAGGAGCACUCAGUACAGCUGCCCAGCAGGAACGUUUGGCCCAAGGCAAAAACUGAAAGCUGUCGAAGAAUGUCAAAGCUGCCCACCAGGAAAAUACUGUGAAUUCUCUGGACUUGCUGCCCCCACAGGAGACUGUGCUGAGGGAUUUUGGUGCAGAAUUGGUGCCCGGGUAAGAAAUCCUCAAGAUGGAGAAUCAGGAUUUCCUUGUCCUCCUGGUCAUUAUUGUCCAGAAGGUGCACCACAUCCUUUAAAGUGCCCUCCUGGCACCUGGUCUGACAGUGAAGGCAGGAGGAGUUUGCAGGACUGCCAGCCUUGUCCUGGUGGGCACUAUUGCAACAGCUCUGGACAGGCGGCCCCCACAGGACCCUGCAGCCCAGGGUAUUACUGUGUCAGUAGGGCACAGACCCCAACACCCACUGAUGGACUCUCAGGAGCUCCCUGUCUGCUCGGUCACUUUUGUCCUCUUGGAUCCAGAAGUCCAGAACCAUGUCCUGCUGGCUCCUACAUGCCACACACCCAUGGAGAGAAGUGCCAUGCUUGCCCAGAGGGUGAAUACUGUGUCCCUGGUGAGAAACCAGAGCCGUGUCCCCAAGGGUAUUUCUGUCCCCAGGGCACAGCUCUUCCAAUGGCUUGUCCAGCAGGCUUGUAUAACCCCUUGCAAAGGCAAGCCAGCUGCCUCCCCUGUCCCCAAGGGUUCUUCUGUCCCAAAAAUUCCUCUUCAUUUUUGGAGAAUGAAUGUUCAGCUGGCCACUACUGCCCUACCAGCACUGCUUCUGCCACUCAGUUUCCAUGUCCUGAGGGGACCUACAACCCACAAAAUGGGAGCAGCCUGGUGUCUCACUGUAUCCCCUGUGAGCGAGGGCACUACUGUGCACUCGCAGGGCAGGCACGUGUUACAGGGCCCUGUCUGGCUGGAUUCUACUGCAGUGGAGGCUCUUCUAGUCCAAUGCCCACAGAUGGUCUCCUGGGGGAUGUGUGCCCAAAGGGAACAUACUGCCCUAUGGGCACUGCCUUCCCGCAGCCAUGCCCUCCUGGUUAUUAUAGCAACUCAACAGGGAAUACUGGCAUUGAGGACUGCCUUCUGUGUGAUGCAGGGUAUUUCUGCAGUGGGACUGGGCUUUUAUCUCCAACUGGAUUGUGUGAAGGUGGAUUCUACUGCAGUGGAGGAGCCAUUUCUCCUCAACCUCCCAGGGUAACAGUGAGUGGAGGACCGUGCCCACCUGGACAUUACUGUGUAGCGGGGAGCAGCAGAGCCCAGCCUUGUCCUGCAGGGAGUUACAGCCCAUCCUGGAGUAUGGUGCAGUGUUUGGAGUGCCCAGAAGGUUUUUACUGUGAGACUGCUUCCACAAACUACACAGAUUGCCCUGCAGGUCACUACUGCCCCAGGAAUACCAAAUUUGCCACUCAGUAUCCUUGUCCUCCUGGAACGUACAGUGAUGCUUUAAAUAUCUGGGAUGCUUCCAAGUGCCAGCUGUGUCCUCCUGGAAGGGUCUGUUCCAAGCCAGGCCUAGCAAGACCAGAUGGACUGUGCAUGCCUGGAUGGUUUUGUCCACCUGGAUCCAUGUCAAGCAAGCCAAUGUUUCCUGGAAAUCACUCAGUGGGCAUGGCAGCUCCAGCGUCUGGAUCUUCUGGGCAGUGCCAAGCAGGAGCCUUUUGUCCUGUUGGUUCAUUUCUUCCUAUUCCCUGCACUCCAGGUAUGUACUGUGCAACUGCAGAGCUUUCAGCUCCAUCAGGUCCCUGUGAUGCUGGCUUCUACUGCACAGGAGGCUCCGUGCUGCCAAACCCCAUGGAUGGAGCAGUGGGGAACAUUUGUCCUCGAGGCCACUUCUGUCCUGCAGGGAGUUCUUCUCCAUCUCCCUGUCCCCGAGGCUCCUUUCUGGCUCAUCGUGGUGGCCAGUCAGCACAGGACUGCCAGGCCUGCUUCCCAGGGUGGUUCUGUUCUGAGUAUGGUCAGAGCUCCCCAGAAGGUCUGUGUAAGGAGGGCUGGUUCUGCCCGGAGGGUUCUGCAUCUGGGCAGCAUUCAGAUUAUUUAUGCCCCGUGGGUCACUAUUGCCCCACUGGCAGCCCUGAGCCCAUACCCUGCCCUUCUGGAAAAUACCAGGACCAGGCUGGUAAAAGCCAGUGUGAAACGUGCCCAGCAGGAAUGUUCUGUGCCCUAGAAGACCAUCCAUCCGGUCUGCAUAACAACUCACACGGAGUGAGCAAACCCAUGGUCUGUCCAGCAGGAUAUUACUGCCUCCCGGGCACAAAAGCUGGCAAUGAGUACCCGUGCCCAGUGGGGACUUACAGUAACAAAACUGGACUGAGAAACCCUAGAGAGUGCUUGCCUUGUCCUGGAGGCACAUUUUGUGCCAGUGCAGGACUCGUUUCCCCAAGUGGUCCUUGUUUGCCUGGGUAUUACUGCACUCUAAAGGCACAUGUUCCCAAUCCUGCCAACGAUGCCACUGGUGGCCUUUGCCCAGCAGGCCAUUAUUGCCCAGCAGGCAGCAGCGAGCCACAGCCGUGUCCCUCUGGCAUGUUUUUGCCUCAGUCUGGGAUGGCUUACCAUAAUGCCUGUCUGCCCUGCCCAGGAGGGAAGUUCUGCCAAGGAGAGGCCUUGAUGAGUGUUUCUGGCUUGUGUUCUGCUGGCUAUUUCUGUGAUGGUGAAUCCACACGGCCAGACCAUAAGCAGUGUCCCCCUGGUUUUUACUGUCCCAAAGGCUCUGAAUCCCCAGUUCCUUGCAGCCCUGGUCACUUCAACUCCGAGAGAGGAAAGUGGCAGCCAGCAGACUGUCAGCUCUGCCCAGCUGGAUAUUUCUGCAAUGGUUCUGGAGCACGCACUCCUGAGCUGUGCCCUGCUGGGUACUUCUGUCUGCCAGGUACCAACUUCAGUACAGAGCAUCCAUGUCCAAAGGGUACCUUUGGCCCCAGGACUGGUGCCACCAGCGACUCUGACUGUGAGCCCUGCCCAGCAGGCAUGUAUUGCUCAGCACCAGGUCUUUCACAGCCCUCUGGAUUUUGCUAUUCAGGUUAUCAUUGUGCCAAGGGAGCCAUCAGCCCAACCCCUUUCAAACACAGGGUGGAAUUUGCUGGCCCAGUGUUGCCUGGUAAUGAUAUCUGUCCUGCAGGGCAUUUCUGCCCCAAUGGAACCGAGAAUCCCAUGCCCUGCCCUCCUGGGUCCUUCUCUGCUGCCAGGGGCCUGCAGGCAGAAGAGCAGUGCCAGCCCUGCCCCGCUGGCCGAUAUUGCAGCAGGGCAGGAUUGUUUGAUCUGGCUCAGACAUCGCUGUGUAAUGCAGGGUACGUUUGUCUGGAAGGAAGCUCUGCUCCCUGUCCUUCUGAUGGGGUUUAUGGAUACAGAUGUCCUAGUGGCUUCUACUGUCCUGCUGGCACUGGGCUAGAACUGCCCUGUGAGCCUGGCACCUUCAGCCCUAUGCCUGGGGCGAGUGCUUGCCUCCCUUGCCCAGCUGGAAUGGCCUGCAGCCAUGCAGCCACUGCAGAACCACUCAGCUGCCCCAGAGGUUACUAUUGUCCAGCUAGGACUGCUGCUCCCCUGCCGUGCCCCGAGGGGACGCUGAAUACCAUGGAGGGGGCAUUGGCCCCCACUGCUUGCAAGCUAUGUCCAGUGGGGAUGUACUGUAGAGGAGAUGCUAAUUGGGAACCUGAUGGUCUGUGUUCAGCUGGGUACUACUGUGAAGGAGGAGCCACUGAUGCAGUUCCACGUGGGACGCCGGCGUUCCCACUCAGUGGGCCCUGCCCACUUGGACAUUAUUGUCCAGAGGGCACUCCUUUUCCAGUUGCCUGCCCAGUUGGGACCCUGAACAACAGCACAGGUGGUACCUCCCCUGAGAGCUGUGUGCCGUGUUAUCCUGGGUCUUUCUGUGCUAGCGUUGGUUUGAGUUCCCCAACAGGGCCUUGUACUGAGGGAUUUUACUGCCCAGCAAACUUCAGCUCCAUCAGCCCCACAGCAUUUCUCUGCCCUAAGGGUCACUUCUGCCGGUCAGGAGCAGCCCACCCAACACCAUGCCCUGCUGGGGAAUACCAGCCAGCCAGGGGCUCUGCGUCCUGCAUUCCAUGCCAGAGGGGGUUCUACUGCCAGGAGCUGGUGGCUGGGGACCCCAGGAGCUGCCCACCACAUACGUACUGCCCUCCAGGCACACAGUUUCCUCAGGCAUGUCCUGAAGGCACCUUUACUCCUCCAAAUAUGACUGGCCUCUGGAAUGAGAAGCAAUGCCUGCCUUGCUUACCUGGUCACUACUGCAGGCGUGGACAGCUAGUGGGGAAAUGUGCUGCUGGAUACUUCUGCCUUGCUGGGAGCUCUCAGCCUACUCCACAGGGCCCUGGCUUUUCCUGGCGCUUUCUGUCUGGAUGUCAAUGGGGUCAGGCAUGUGCUGGGCUGUGUCCUGCAGGUUUCUACUGCCUGGAGGGUUCUGAGUUACCUAUACCGUGUCCUGCCAAUACUAUUAGGGAUGUUCCAGGGGCUGGGCAGAAGGAAGACUGCCUGCCCUGUCCACCAGGCCACUGGUGCAAAGCAGGGGACUCAGAGGCCUCUCCAUGCCCCUCAGGACACUAUUGCUAUGGAAGUAAUGGCAGUGACCAAGACAGCCUGUUGGCACCACAGAAAUGCCCUCCGUAUACUUACCGCAAGCUCCCAGGAGCUCAGAGCCUGACAGAUUGCCAGCCAUGUCCUCCAGGCUAUCACUGCCCUCUAUCAGGUCUAACCAGUUUUGAGGAUUACCCAUGCCCACUGGGAUACUGGUGUCCUGGUAAAGGGGAUGCUUUCUUUUGUCCACCUGGCACUUCCAGGGUACAGCCUGGUGCAAAAUCAUUGGAAGAGUGUGAUCCCUGCUCAGCUGGCUUCUACUGCCCAGACCCAGCACAGACAGGGCUACCUAACACCCAAGGAUUACCUUGUGAACCUGGCUAUGAGUGCCCAGCAGGUUCAGUCCAUCCAAAGCCUUGCAGGCCAGGCUCAUACUGCAGUGCUCGCACAGCCGUGCCCUCCAUGUGCCCUGCUGGCUAUUACUGUCCCGAAGGCUCAUCAACAUACAAUAGCCCUGAGCAGCUAUGUGUGUUUCCCUAUUACUGUCCCCUGGGCACUGCCCGCCCUCUGCCCUGUGAAGGAGGAUACAUGGCCAUCAGCUCGCCUGGGCCAAGGGAUUCCUUUGAGAAGUUCUGCAGAAUCUGUGAUGCAGGCAGCUAUCGUAAUGACUCUUCCAUCUCUGCUCCCUGUCAGCCCUGCCCGGCAGGCUUCAUCUGCCCACAAGCCCCACCACCUUCUGUAGGCAGUGAGACUUACCACAAGAAGCCUUGUCCCAUUGGCUAUUACUGCCCUCCCCUGGCAUCUGCCCCUCUUCCCUGUCCCCCGGGGACCCGUGGGAGCAACAACUUGGCCAAGGAUAUAGAAGAUUGUCAGGCCUGUCCUGCUGGCACAUUCAAUCACCUUCCUGCUCAGGCUGCCUGUUUUCCCUGUGGCAGCUCCUCUUCAUCGCAGCCGGGUGCUACCAGCUGUACCUGCCAUGGGCUGAACCGGGCUUUCCAGCACUCAGAUGCCUCCUGUGUCUGCCAGGCAGGUUAUGUUUACUAUGAUGAGCGAAGCAAGGAAAACUCUGACAGCAACAGUGACCAGGACUGCCGACCUCAGGUGGAUGAGCUUUGUGCUCCUGGAGAGGUCCGUUUAGCAUCUACCCGCCGGUGUGUUUUUCCUGAGCAAUACGACUGCUCCCCAUCUUGUGGGCCUGCAGGCGGAGAGGUUAAUGCAGAGCUGGGCAUAUGUCACUGCAAGCAGUACAUCUCUGCUGAGGAGCUCUGUGACCAAAUGUGUUUGCUGAAAGCCCCACGGAUCUCCUUGGGGUUUGGCAUCAAGAGAGAGCUGCUUCUGAAGAUGGAUGAAGGAGUCAGGGAAGUGACAAAUGUUUUGGGCCCAGAUGAACACGUGCAGAAGAGCCAGAGGGUGCAUUUGGUUCUGUUUAAUCCCAGUGGAGUGCUGGGCUUCAUUGUCUCCAGCACGGAUGUCUUGGAUGCAUUUCUCUCAGGAGAUUUUUCAUCAGAUCAGUUGGUGCAGAAAGGUCAUCGAGUCCAGAGGGCUUUCUUCAAAGGUAUCCAUGCCUUGCCCCUUGUCCCUAACCCAGUGGUAUGUUUGGAAGCAGGAGACACAAUCCUUUUCCAGCUUAGCAUCAAUUCUCACAAUCGUGCAUCCAGCCACUACCCUGUUUAUCAGAAGCAGCAUCUUUAUAACAGCAACCCUAGCUGGGAUUAUGGACCCUUCCGAAGGCUGGACCACCUCAUCCAGGAGACUCACCUCAACAUCUCCUGGUUUGCCCAUGUUUUCCUGGAGUCUGGGACGUAUGUAUUCAGGGAUAGGACCAUUGAGGAGCACUUUCUGAUUGUGACUGUGAAUGAAGCAAGCGUGGGCUGUGACCCCAGAGACGUGUCCUUCCAGCCCUCUUCUCUGUUCCAGCUGGCCAGACAUGGGAUUUUGAAGCAACAGGAGUUGAACUUAGCUCCUGACUGGGCUUCCAUCAUAGCGGUGCUCUUCAUUCUGGGCUUCCUAAUUGUGAUGCUGACAACCCUGGCUAUUGUGCUGCAGCCCACUGUCCCCAUCCUUAGUCCCCUGAGGAGCUGGAAGCCUCGAUGGAGAAGCCUAGGUGAGCCACACAUCCCACCAGAGUGCAUCCUUCUAAAAGAAAGCCUUCUGUACUAUCAGAUGCUUGGUCCUCGUGGUUCUGGAGGAGAUGCUGCCUUUGGAGAAAAAGGAGCUGUGCAUAAUGAAGGAGGGUGUUGUGCAGUGAGAGACCUGGAGGAUUUCAGUGUUCGCACUCUGUACGAUAAGUUGGAAGAUCAGAAUUUGCACCUGGCGUCUCAGCUGGCAAAGCACAGGAGGGAUGUGUUGGUGUUUUACAAUGGAAUCAGCCAGCAGAUUCAAGGUCUCAUGGACACGGUGCAAGCACUGGAUGCUAAGGGCCUGAAAAUCUUUGCCAGGAAAAAGAUUUGUGGGCAUGGAUCUGCAGGCAGCAGCCGGGCAGCAGUGGGCAUUGAACAGCGUGAGGAACACUGCAGCAGCAGCUUCCAUGCAGCAGGGCAGGCAGGUGCACUGUGGCAAGAGGCAAUGGAGUUGAUGAAAGCUCUGGAGAUCCUGCUUGGGAGAGCUCAGCAUAAGAACAUGAAACAAGAGGUGGAGCAGCAGGUCCAUGGACAGGACAUGGUGGCAGUUUUACCCUCACUGCACAGUGAAGGCAAAGCAAAAGUAGUGGAAGGGCAGGAUUAUAAGCAGCCUGAGCAAGAAGAGCUCUUCAGGAAGAAAGGUGAUGCCUUCAGCUUCCCUGUGCAUGAAAAACCUGAGAAAUGCUUAAGAGGCACUUCCUCAGAGGAUAUGAGUACCACCCUCAUCCCUGUGGAUCCAGCCAGUUUGUCACCUCACCAGUUUGUGGUGUACCACUUUGGCUGUGCAGUGGUGCACCUGUUAACCAGGGCCUUCUCACACCCUGCUUUGGUGCUUAUGGUGGCUCAGUCCAUUCCUGCCCAAAGUCCAGAUCAAGUUCUUCUCCCAGGCUUUGGAGACUCCUACUAUGAUGCCAUUAAUAAGAGCCUGUAUGUGCAUGCAGCAAGGCUGGAGGAUGCUGGGGAGUUUAUUGCUGUCCUGCUGACCACUGUGGCAUGGAUAACAGCAGGUUGUCCCUCAACUGGUGCUGUUCCAUCCUGCUUUAUGAUGGAGCUCAACAGAGCUAUUGUGGCUCUCACCAAUGCCUUUUUCCAGGUUUCAUGGGGGAUAGCAGACAAGGACCCCUCAGGCUCAUCUGAUUGCUUUGACAUUCAGACGGUGCUCAGAGAACUUCGGAGCAUCAGAGUAGCACCACAUCCCUGUGUCAAGGGAAAAGCCCUGGGUGAAAGGGUGUCUAGAUUGCAAAAGUAUCAGCGCCUUCGUCUGCAAGAGGGGACCUUGGACAGGAUGGGGAAUUCACAGAGAAAUGACUACAACAGGAAUUCAGACUCCCCUGCUGUUAAGCUGAAGGUUACACAACUGGAGGAGAGGCUGGAUAAACUAAAUGAGGCGUUUGUUGAACUGGCAGCACAGGCCAUGAGUCUGCAAGAAGAUGGGGAUCUGUUGGAGAAGGAGCUGAGAACACAGGAGGAGUCACUUUUGACUUCAAGCAACAAAGAAGUGUGGGGAGCUCAGCGGUAUUCGGAACUGUUAGGUUCUUGGGCCACGAAGAGGGAUGAAGCCUUGCUGCUGGAAAUAGAGAGGAACUGCAUUGCUCAGAGGAUUGAAGAGAUAGAAGAGCAACUAUUGCAUCUUCAAAGUAAAGCAGCCAGCAGUUCACUUCCUUCAGGAACCUAACUUAAAAGGCAAUGGCUACAGCAUAGAUGUGUAUGUAGUUAGAGAUGCACAUGAUCAAUUAUGUUGUGGAUAAUUCAUAUUUGUUGGGUUUUUUCAGUUGGUUGAAGUACAUGCGUGCUCAGCAUCAAUAAUGCGUAGGCCUGAGAGAUAAGCUGAGGUUCUUAACAUUCUUCACUAAUUUUAGAGUUUCUGUUGGUAAGUCAGUAAAGCAGAAAUGAUGUGAGGCCACUAAUGGCCCCCACUUAACAAUGUGUUCUGUAUAGUCUCUUUGACAUCUGAUAUCAGGGGUAUUUGUGAGGAUCUUUUAGGUACAGUUUAGAGCCUUACUUCUAAGCCUUGCCCAGCAGCUCCACAUUGCCCAUGCAUGUUUUCAGUGUCAUCUUACUGACCUCAAUAAGGUUUGCUGGCAGAGACCUCAUGAGUCUUCAGAGGUGUGAUCUGGGGGCAGAGUGCACUUAAAUUAUUUCCUGUUGUGAUGACUGUAGCAACUGUUGUAUCUUCUGGUGUCCAAUGCUCUGAGAGCCUUAAAUGGAAUAUACCCUUUCUGUCAUUGCUGUUUUCAUGCUGAGAGGGUCUGGCUCUGAAGUGGGCUUUGCUUCAGAGGAAUGAGAGUGGAAUCAGCUCCUGCUCCAUCUCUUUCUGAGCAGCAUUCCUUAGCUCCAGGUGAAGUAGAACAACAUAAAAUUGCUUGACUGUGAGCCAGUACAGUGCCUGGGCAAACCACGCAGGUAGGCUUCAGCCAGCUGUUUCCAACAACAAAGCCAGUUCUCUUUUCAUUUUGCAGUACUUACUGAAUUGCCUAUGCGUGAAGUUUGUGAACCUGCUCCUUCCUGGUUCCUAAACACUAAUCUGUCCUUACUCCAUUCUGCCUUAGCAGAGCAUAUUAAUCACAGGGUGGGACUUCACUGCCAAGGAGUCCAGACUGAAGCCCUCGACUCUGGUCCCAUUUACUGGUGUCUCUGGUGGAUCCAGAGGGACCUGCGUGUUCUUUUGCCCUCAUCUUCUCAGUUUAGUGAUUCCAUGUUUUCUGAGCUUGCUCCCAGAAGCAAAAGGUUUGUGUUGGUUCCUUUGCAACCCCACCUUGGGAAAAUUCAGUUAUUUGCUGACACUUUGAAGGGACUUUCAGAAAAUGAGAUGAUUUAUGGAAGCCAAAUAUACCUAUUGGCAAACAAUGCGAAACAGUGGGAUUUUCUUUCCUAGGUUAUAGCAGUGAAAAGGCUGCUAUUGCUCUCCUCAUUGCUUUCUUCUUUUAGGUUAUCAGCAGAUAGUUUUAAAACAGUACUGCAUGGAGGUAAGUAUCUCCAGACACUGCUGUCUCUGUAAUAUCCUCAGGAACACACCUAGAUGGGUGGUAAAGUUACCUCUGUGUGCUCUGUGUUAUAUUUUUAUAAGGCAGACUAGGAAGCAUUAGCAAAUAAAAUAGGUCAAUUUUUCAUUGCAGCAGUUUUCUAAUGGAAAUCAUUUUCUGCUUUGGAUCAAAACAAAUAUACGUGUGUAGAAUUCUGCUGGAAGUUUUCUCUUUUUCCCACCGUGGUUUUCUUAACAAGUACACUUCAGCUACAAGUAAACUGCUUUGGGCUUCAGAAUGUGUUGGUUUUUUCCCCCACGAAAUGGAAGAAUGAAAAGUCCACUUGCACAUGAUGUUACCUUUCAUGUUCUGUUGGUAGUUACGAGGGGAAAGGAAGGAACAAAUGAAGUCGAACAAGGCUGAAUGCAAGGUGCUGCACUUGGGUCAAGUUAAUCCCAGGUAUGAGUACAGGAUGGGAGAACUCCUUGAGAGCAGCCCUGCAGAGAAGGAGCUUUGGGUCCUGAUGGAUAGAAGUGGGACAUGAGGCAGCAGUGUGUGCUUGCGGCCCAGCAGGGGUGCUCUUGCACCCACAGAGGGGUGGCACAGGGUUGUUCCCUUCUGCUCUGCCCUUGGAAAGCCCCAUCAGCAGUGCUGUGUCCAGGCCUGGGGCACCCAGUACAGGAGGGAUGUGGAGGUAUUGGAGAAGGUCCAGGGGAGGGCCAUGGAGAUUAUCCAAGUCUGGAGCAACUCCAGGGCUUGUUUAGCUUGGAGAAGAGAAGGCUCUAGGGAGACCUCAUUGCAAUCUUUCACAAGGUGAAGGGAGCUUAUAAGCAGGAGAGGGGCCGAUUUUUUACACAGUCUGACAGUGAUAGAACAAGGCAGAAUGGCUUUAAAGGAAGAGAGGGGAGAUUUAGAUUAGGCGUUAGGAAGAAAUCCUUUCCUUGGGGGGUGCUGAGGCAUUGCUGCCCAGGGAGAUGUGGGUGCCCCAUCCCUGGAGGCACUCUGGUGGGAUGGGGCCCUGGGCAGCCUGAGCUGGUGAAAGCAACCAGCCCAUGGCCGGGCGUUGGAACUGGAUGGUCUUUAAGGUCCCCUCCAACCUAAGCCAUUCUGUGAUUCAAUGAAAUACAAAGAGGAGUGGUGCGACCAUGUAUUUCAGUCUUUCUUUGAAGUAUUUACUGCCAAUAGCUCUUUUUCCAGCCCUCUCUGAAAUCUGGAAGUCGAGCAUUUUCUGGAGUAGCUGUGAAGUCCCCUCAGGUCUGGAAGGCUGCUGUUUUCCUGAGACUGCUGAUAAGACUGACUGAGUCCAGGGUCACUUACCUUGGAAGAAAAGGACCUGAAGGUCCCCAUGUGGCUGUGCUUUUGUGCCACUGCUGAAGGACCGUUGUCUCUCCAAAGCUCCUGGGCUGAUAUGUGAGCUAAACUGAGAAUGUGGGAAGAUUCAGAAGCGUCACCAAAUGCAGCAGACAAGCAGCCUUGCUUUUGGAGGUUCCAUCUACAGAAGCAGAGAUUGACAUGGGCCAGCAGUGUUGUGGUGUUUGCUGGAAAAGAUCCCUUGCUUCAGAGGAGGUGCCACUGGGAAAGCCCAGCUGCGAAAGUAUCAGAAAUAAAGCCCACAUGAGAAGCCAGGCUGCAGUUCUGAACAAGUGGAUAUGUACACACCACUGAAUCCUAGGAGUGAAGGGUUCUUCCCUUGGCUUGGCAAGAUGUGACAUGCAUCCAGAGGGAUACACGCUUGUGUCUGUGCCAGAGAGCUGUAAUCAUCAUGUGAGUUCCCAGCGUGUCUCAACGCCCAGAGCAGAGCCCUGGUUUGAAGAUCAUCCUGAAGUGUAUUAUUCAGCUGCUGAAAUGAUGCUACAAAAUGAGUAUCAUUUUGUGUUAAAAUGCACGCAAAGCCAAAGGAAAGGAAGAAUGAUGUGCUACAUAGUAGGGAAAGAAGACCGAAAUACAGCAGCAAAACUGAUACAACUGAUCCAUCAGAGGAAGCUGGCACCACAUCACGAAGCUGUGUCAUCCCCAGGUUGGGUUGCAAGGUUCUGUCUUGCCCACUGAACUUGAUGAUCAUUGAAGGUCUUUCCAACCUGAGCAAUUCUGUGAUUGGACUUCAUGAAACUGAGACGUAGUCAGAAGACUUCAGCAUUCCGAGCCCAUGUUUUGGCUUUGAGACUGGAACAACAUGCAGGAAAAUCUGUCUGCUGCAGGAAACAUUCCUACCUGCGUUAAGAUCCUCAUUAUCAGUCUUAGCCUGUGCUCAGAGUUGUGCCGUGGAUUCCCAGGGUUGUGUUCAGGGCUGUGCUGCUGCGACGGCUGUGUGAAAUGGCUUAAGGGAAUGAAAGAAGCUACCUGACACAUCCCAGAAAGCACGUUUCUUUCUAAAUCAAAGUGAGCUUCCAGCAUUCACUGAGGAUGUGUGAAAUCCUUAUUUCUGCUACAGAAAUAGCUCCGUGCUUCUGUGUGCUGCACUGAGGAGUUCUUCCAAUAACAGUGGCCUUCUGGAAGCACCGUGCUGGAAUGCUGGAUUUCUGCUGUGUGAGUGUGACUGGGGAGUGUCCACCAACAGCAUCCCAUGUUCUUGAGUUGGAGGGCCCCAUCUCUAGUGCUGGAAGGAAGCUGUCUCUGUUUCCAAACCACCACAUGCAGCUUUGAGGAGGGUUUGCUUUUUCUCUCAGAGAAGUGAAGUACUUCUGAAGAGUUUCUCAGUAACCAGGAAAAGAUAUGCUUGUUCUUUUAGCUGAAAGAUGGUGACAGUUGUGCUACUGGAGGAGAGAGCUGGAAACACAUGGAUGAAAGGUACAGAACAAGGCCAAAAGCUGAGCAAGUUUGUUUUUCACAGUGGGAGGCACAGCAGAGCAAAACAGUGACUUCUGGAGUGCCUGGGGCUAGAGGAGAAGAGGAUGCUGUUUCUGCCUAGAGGAGAACCAAGGCACCCAAGCUAGACUGGGCUAAGAAAGGAGCAGAAGAGGGCCAAGGGUCAAUUAGUGGCUGCUGAGCAAAUCAUGGAGCUGCUGCAUCCUCGUAAUCCUGUAGACUUGGACCCUCUCUCCCACUCCUGGCAGUGUUCUCUGGAAUAGA